CGUGAUAAGGGGGGGGGGGAGAGGGAAGAUCAGCUGGCGGGUCACGUGCUCCCGGUCCGCGGAAGCUGUUGAUCGCUGCAGUCGAAACUCGGACUCGCCAUGGACUCACUGUUUCGCUGCGCCUUCUGCUUCGCCGUCUUCCUUUUCCGACUUCCCAGCGUGCGGGCGGAGGAGCCAUUCGAGAGACGCGUCACUGUGCAGGUGAAUCCAGGUCUGAACAGCUCUCUGGUGCUACCGGACCAUGUCAACCUGGUGCAUUACCAGGCAGUGGGGCCACACGACACCCUCCACUAUGUGUGGAGCACCAUUGGCGCGCCCACUGUGCUGCUGGUGCACUGCACGGGAAACCAGAGCCAGCUGAAGGUGGACUGGGAGCAGCUAUUAUUCAAGAACAGCUCACAUUCCUUGCGUAUCAUUCCCGAGGACAAGGUCACUUUCUCGCAGGCUGUGGUUUUCUCAGAGCUGAUGGAGUUCUACGAUGUCAAUGACACGGCGGACAUGGAGAAGUCACACCAGAUCUCCCCUGCCUACCGCCUGGAGGACUUUGUGUGGGAAGACGUCAAUUCGACAUUCAACCCAACCACCCUGGGAGUGGAGUUUAGGGGCCGCAAUGCCACGAACCCCAAGGGGCCCGUCAACAAUGGCUCCAUCUCCAUUUCUGUAAUGGCGUACAAAAGCACGGGCCGUGAGAAGAGUCUACCCAAACUGGAAUACAGCGCCAACUGCACGCAGUUCCAGUUUCGUGUGGACAAAAUGAUGCCAAGGAGUAAUCGGUCACGCUUUGGCCUUGGGCUGCUGGUUACACAGCGCAGCAACGGCACGACGCGGCUUGAAUCAGUCCACACCAUAGAUGACGAGCAUACGCCCUCCAUAUUCGAGAUGGUGCAGCUGACCGUUUCGCAGCAGAAUGCGUCGAAGGCGGAGGGAUUUGUGCAGUGGAAGCCCGUGGCGUACACCAGCGACCCACCGACCCGCGGCGCAUCAUCGCCGUGUCGCCACUACCCGAUGCCCCCAGUCACUCCCUCCGUGCCGGAGUCCAGCAUUGCGUUCGCGUACUACGGUCCCAAUGGCUUCACUGCGGCACUCAACUUGUCCUUUGGCAUCGGCGAGGACGGCUUCUACAAUGCCACCCAGUUUAUCAGCUGGACGGGCCUGGUUGGGUAUGGGACACCAGCCAAGGAUUCCUUCUCCGUGCUGGUGAUCAUCAUCAUGGCUGUGGGGUUGGGCAUCUCAGCGGUGUUGCUCCUCAUCACCGCUGUUGUGGCGUGUGUCAAGUGGAGGCACAAGGCUAGAGGCUACGAUCCAAUCGACUAAACAUGGCUACUCGUCCCGGUGCCAACCAAUGCAAUCGCUACUAAAAGAAAUUCUACUCUAUAACUUGGCUGUGCUGGGGCCAUGCCCAAUCAAUCUGCCACAGCUCAGGAGGGGCCAGGUUAAUUCACUGCAAAACAAGAGCCGGGCUGCUGAUAGCACAUGCAAUCAACGUAGGGUAUCGGCGUCAUCGUUUGACUUGGCAAAUAGCCAGUGGAAAACCACCCAUACAGUGAACACCCGUGCUGGCAUGCCUCAAAUGUGCCAGUUGAAAAGGGGUGUAUUCUUGCCAUUUCUCAUUCAGUGGGCAUAUCCUGGUUUUCUUUGCCAGUGAUUGUCCCAAAAUAAAGAGAUUUUGCCAUAUUUUUGUUGCACUUGGAUUUUUUUUGACACCCACUGCAAGGUCAGUGGAAUUAGUCGCAAGUGUAAUUGUUGUAGAAAAUUUAAGUAACAAUGGAUAAAAGUACAUUUUCGGAGGGCAAAAGUUUUGUCUCCAGAUGUAGUCACAUGCUUAUGUGACCUUCCUCAGGGAUAAUUACUUUGGCAUUAGAGCAAUGUGCUUAAAAUAAUCAAUACCACUUUUAAACAUGUAAACCGCAUGUAAAAAUUGGAUUUGAGGAAGCAAAAAUAUGUGCAUACAGAAUGUGCAUUAGCUGCAGAUAUCAGGCAGUCGUCGAUUUAACUUGUUGCCAGCAUGCUGUACAAUUCAAAGAUGUAUAUACUUUUGCUUUAAAGCUUUCGUGACUGCAGGAAUUCAUAUUCUUGGUUCUUUCGGUAAAGUUACGUAGAAGGGAAACAAUAUUAUUGUAUUGUUUUCCUUCUACGCGACUUUACCGAAAGAACCAAGAAUAUGUAUAUACUUUCUAAAUCCAGAUUUAAAUUGUUUUAAUAGUAAACAAAGUUCUGGCGCAUAGUGAGAUUACAUUGAGUUAUAUUUUCUUUUGUACCUAGUUAUUCCGUCAUGUCCAAAUGUUUGUUUUGAACCCGGAAACUGCUUUGCUUCGGUACAAACUGCACGGUUGUGUAUGAAGUUUUUCUCAGACAAGUUGCACAGAUCACAUUCCAUGAACCUGCACAAUAUAAUUUUACCAAUUGCUUUUUUCUUGAUUUCCAAUAUUGAAUUCUCAUGUUUACACUUGCAAUUAAACGAUUCGUUUGUGGUGUAAA